AUGACUAGUGCAGAAAAUCUUGAGCUGAAGAAGGAAGAAGCAAAUGAAUCGUCCCAACCACCCACACGAACGAUGCAAGUCAGUACUUCUAUUCAUCGGGACGAUACGAAUGAAAUUGCUCUUUUCGGAAAUUCUCAUCACCUGGAUGAUGAGCCUGAAGUAGUAGUAGCAUUCUCAUCAUCACCCCCUAACAACACAUAUUCAUCAUCCGCUCAAUCAUUCCUCACGAGGCAAGAUCAUCAUCAACAAUGGGUCGAUAUGAAUUCCGACCACAACCACCAACAUGAACCAAUUGGAACCUAUUCUGCGCUCGAAAUGAAACAGUAUUUAGAAUCGUCGACAUUUCAAAAAGGAACGACAGACGAAUUGGAAGGAGGAACGACUACGACUACUUUAUGGCAUAAAUCCAUGGAUAUUCAAAAAACACAAAUUGCUGUGGUCGAGGAAUGUAAAGUAGUUGCAUCCAAAUCCAUUCCAUCCAAUUCCAAAAAGCAAUUUGUUGUGAAAUUCAACAAGCACGCUGUAUUCAUCAUUGGAAAAAGAAAUUGUGCAAUCUUAUUGACCUGUGUUCCAUUGUGUAUGUGUUGGGUGCUGGUCAUGUCAGUAAUCAUUUAUUGCAUGGCUUCUCUAUUUGUUUAUUGGGCCAAUAUGCCCUACGAUCCGAAAAUGAAAUGUUCUGCAUUGUAUCAAUCACAGCAUGAUUUAUUUGUACCCAAAAUUGUAACAAUGGAUGAUUUAGAUUUGGACAAGGAAAAGACACAUUUCAUAACGUCACAAGAUUUUCUAAAUUCGAGCUUGUCGUCACACCAACAAUUUUUACAAAAUGAAAAUGCGCCUUACAAUCAACUUUCGAGACUCAUGACACACAAUUCCUAUCACCGCAAAAAGAUGUUUUUCAGUUCGUUGAUUUCUCAAUUCAAUUAUGAACAUGAUGAGAUAGAAACUCAAUUACAGAAUCAUGUGAGAGGUUUAGAAUUGGAUGUACAUUUUAAUAAGCGAACUGGUAGAUUUCAAGUGUAUCACAUUCCAGUAUUGGACGAUCAUUCUUCAUGUGAUUGUUUUUUAUCAUGCUUACUACUCAUUAAGCGAUGGAUGAAACGUGAGGAAGAAAACUCUGCUGCCACAAGAUCCAUCUCGAAUUCUAGAGCUCAAUCAACGAGCAGCAACAACCAUCCAAUCUUGCCAGACAUUUUAACGAUUUACAUUGAACCCAAAUAUUCGAGAGAUGUUUAUCAAUUUUGUGGCGAGAAUGUUCCAUCCGUUUUUCCAGAUCUCAUUAACGAAAUUCUUCGAGUAUUUCCACUCCAUCGAAUUUUAACACCUGCCAAGCUCAAAGGAAAUUACACAACUGUGAGAGAAGCCAUCAAUGAUAGAGGAUGGCCCUUACGUGACUCCAUUCGAGGUAUGGUCAUGUUCGUCGUGAAUUUAUGGGACGAAAACAAAGAUUGCACAGCGAAAAUUCGAACAGAAGGAAGCAAAAUCAAUCCCACAGAUAUUCUCUUCUAUCGAGAUGGUUUUAAGAACAUGCAACAACCCAAUAAUGAUGCUAUAUUUUUUGAAAUCGAUGACGCGAGACCAUUCAUGAAUUUAACUUCCUACAAACCCAUGUUGAGUGAUGGAGAAGCGAUUGAUACUUUGGUUCUUAAGGAUGAAAAAUUUGUCAUUCCAUCCAUUAUUUCUCGUAAUGUUCAGAAAGGUCUCAUUAUUCGAUGCACCACAGGAGGACCAAAAGAAUUGACUGGAAAAGCCAUUCGACAGCAAUCGUCCAAGGUCAACACCAAGUAUUCCUCGUUUACACAAAGUGAGGCCUGUAUGAGAAGUGGAGCUCAAUUGAUUAAUACCGACUAUCCAAAUAGUGCUAUUUUCAAGACACUGUUUGCAAAUGAGACUUUUCUUAAUCCAUUAUUUUAUGAUAUGAAUGCUCGUUGA